AUGGUUGAAUGCCCCGAGUGCGGAGCUGGUGCGGACUUGACCAAAGACGGCGCGUACGCGCAUUGCGCAUCAUGUAGGGUGGUCGGAACUCCAAGCAACACUGUCUUCGAGCCGGGUAAGGAGGGCAGCCAAUACAAAGGGAGUGGUAGUGGAUCUGGCGACAAGGAAGAGGAGAAGAAGACCGACGACAAGAAAAGCCAAAAGGCGGAAGAUUCAAAAUGA